AUGCGGGUACAGCAGAUACCUCUCUCACCCCGGGCCUUGGUCGCUGGUCUGCUCCUCCUUCGACCUGUUGCGGCAUCCUUUCUCCCCGACCUUCUGCGCAAUUUCGAAGACCUCCAAAACGUUCAUAAACGGUGCUCAAACCCGUGCGGUUACUACGGCCAGCUAUGCUGUGCCUCCGAUGAAGUCUGCUACACUGAUGCCAACGACCAGGCUCAGUGCGGCGCAGGAGGAUCAGGCGCGGCAACGACAACGGCCGAUGGGGGAGAAUGGCGCACCUACACAACCACCUACGUACAGACCGACCUGAAGACAGUAACUGAAACGUUCAGCUCAUACGUGCCUGCCUCGACGAUAAGUUGCUCAUACUCGACGGGAGAGACGCCAUGCGGAAAUGUGUGUUGUUUAUCGGGUCAAUACUGCCAGUCCUCGGGGGUAUGCGCCGCCGUGGGAGGUGGAAGCUCUGGAUACUACAGCAGUCUCUACACAGUCACAACCAUAGUCACGAAUACUGCCAGUGCGCCUCUUCGACCGACUAGCAACACUUUGGUAACGGUGACCGGAGCUGCCACAACCACACAGCCGUUUGUCACCCCUGUAGGCACUGGCGGCAGCAUCAUCUACGGGCAAUCAACCGACUCCGGUGGUGGAUUGAGUGGUGGGGCGAUUGCCGGUAUCGUCAUUGGCGUCAUCGUCGGCAUCAUCAUUCUGUUGCUCAUCUGCGCGUGCUGGUGUGCCAAGGGCCUGAUUGAUGGCCUCUUGGGCAUUUUCGGCCUCGGACCCCGACGCAAGCGAACGACGGAAGAAGUUUAUGUCGAGAGGCAUUCCCACCGAUCAGACCGUCAUAACGGCGGACGCACAUGGUUUGGCACGAGACCUGGAAGGACCGAAGUGGUCGAGGAGAAGAAGAGAAGAAGCGGCAUUGGCACGGCCGGAUGGGUCGCUGCCGGCUUGGGGACUUUAGCGCUUUGGCUCGGCCUCAAGAGAAGAAAUCGCAGGGACGACAAGAGCGACGUGAGCUACGACAGCGCCUACUACACCGACUAUAUGUACUCCAGUAAGUGA